AACACCGGUUCGCAUCUGUUUAUGGUUUCGAUCUCCAAAAGUGUAAAAGUUUAAAGGAAUAAGGAUUUUUACCAUACCGGUUAUCAAUAUGUCUGUUGCUGUAAAGAGACCAUUUACAGAAACGACACAGACUAUUCAGGAACCUGUUCCGAUUGUUCCGCAACUGUUGGGUUCUAGUAGCUCUAAUACUACUCGGAUCUACAAGCGCAUACGAUUGACGUCCAGGAAAUCCAGUGGUGUACCUGUGUCAAUUUUAGCUUACGUCAAUUUACUAGAGGACACGGUCAACAGUAACGAUGCCCUUCAGGUUCUCAUCAAGAUCAGUGACUCGAUGCAGUUUGAUGAGUCAGAGUUUCCGGAAGCGAUUAAAAAGUUGGUUGAGCAUUUCCGGCGUGAGUCGGAAUCGGCUGUACGGGUUAAGAUAUUGUCGCUAUUUGGUGAUUUAGCCUGCGAGACAGGCAUAGAAUGUCCACCAUUGAUUGAUGAGGUGAUAGCCAUGCUGAAAGGUGAAACAUCCGCAAAGGUGAUUUCGCAAGGCUUGUGCGCUCUUGAACGUAUUGGCCGAGCCUGUUCGCUAACGUCAGUUGCAUAUAUUAAUAAGAUGGUAUUUUUCGCAAAAAGUAAAUUGUUUUCAUCCAGUCACAACGUUCAAAGACAUGCAAUUUUCCUGCUUGGCGUAUUCGUGUUGGUUUCGGAUGCUGAGAAGGAAAGUUUAGAGCUGAUUGGAAAAUACACUGAUUCGUCCGAUGCUAGGGUGAGAGCUCAGGCUUUUCGAUCGAUGCUAACGCUAGGUGAACGAGGCGUACAAUUACCAGCAUCACUUUACGAACGAGCUUGCAAUGCUUUGAUUGAUGACUACGAAUGCGUUCGAAAAGAGGCUCUCCAGAUGGUGUACGAGUUGGGUGUAAGGCAUCCGGAGUACUCAAUUAAGCUUCCGGAAUCGGAACAGAAUGUUCGAUUGAUAGACGAUGCGUUCGGAAAGGUUUGCAGUGCGAUUAGUGAUCUUUCAAUGCACAUUCGAACGCAGGCCGCGGAUCUGCUGGGAGGGAUGACCAUGGUUAGCGAUGAGUUUCUCCACCAGACACUGGAUAAGAAACUGAUGAGCAACAUGCGUAAAAAGAAGAGUUUACAUGAACGAAGUGCUGAACAUUUCACUAGUGGUGAGUGGUCAAGCGGGAAAAAAUGGGCGGAUGAUGCUCCGAAGGAACUAGUAAAUGCAGAUUCAGUUUCACUGAUGGCAUCUGGAGCCUGUGGUGCUCUAGUUCAGGGAUUGGAGGAUGAGUUUCUAGAAGUUAGAACUGCAUCUGUGAAUUCAAUGUGUAAACUAGCUCUGAAAAAUCCGCUUUUUGCUGUUACAUCCUUGGAUUUUUUGGUCGACAUGUUUAACGAUGAAAUCGAAGAAGUUCGUCUUCGAGCAAUUUGCAGUUUGACUGCCAUCUCUAAGCACAUUAUUUUACGAGAAGAUCAGCUGGAAAUAAUGCUAAGCUCACUAGAAGAUUAUUCUGUGGAUGUUCGAGAGGGACUUCAUCUGAUGUUGGGAGCCUGUAAAGUUUCAACAAAAGCGUGUCUUUCACUGGUCGUUCAAAAAGUAUUGGAUGUACUUUUGAAGUACCCGGAAGACCGUCUGUCAACAUUCGGAUGCAUGCAACGAGUUGGGCAGAAACAUCCCGAAAUUUGUAUGACAUUGACUCCGCAACUGUUGCAAGAUCAUCCGUUUUUCGACAGUGCCGAAAGAGAUGUAGAAGAUCCGUCUUACGUUUGCAUUUUGAUUAUGUUGUUUAAUGCUGCUCAGCAUUUACCGCCGAUGCUAAGCCUUUUUCCGGAAAUUAUAGUGAAACAUUACUCAUACUUGCGAGAUACCAUGCCGGAAUUCGUACCUCAGUUGAGUCUUGGAAGCGGUACCAGUGUAACGAUGCUAGCUGGGUCAACCGGAUCUCGACAGUUUCUGGAAACAUUAAUACACAACAUCCAGCAAGCAUAUUCUAUUCCAAAAGCCCGGUUAUCAUUACUUAAAGCCGUCCAGGAAAAUCUCGAUCAGUUGGCUAAAAUCGAUCCUUCCUUCUCUGGAACUGCCAACUUUACCGCCACUUUCGUGGGAAUACAGUUACUGAUGGAAAAGCUACAUGUGGCAAUUACUGGCCAACCAACGGAGGAACCUCUAAAAGAAUGUCUCAAUCAAUUGAUACGAAAAUGUCUCGAAAUGCAGAACCUCUUUUCGGAGCUUACACUUGACGAUCAUCUUCUUGUCAAACAGAUGUGCCUUCGAGCUAGUGCGUUCAAUCUUGUCCUGGUGGUUAGGGAUCGAUCCCAAAGCGCACUUGCACCUUGUCAACUGCUACUGCAAAUUGCGGCAGAUGCUAGUAAAUUCAUGCAGGAGAACAGUUCGCUUGUAGCUGAUUCAUUUACAAGUGCAAUUCUAACAAAAUUGGCAUCUAUAGGUGAUCCUCGGCCCGGACGCGUGUUUAGAGAAAUUCUACCGGUUGUGCAGGCCGCCUCUCUGGCGAUCAUUCCGAAAAUUAAUACAAAUAUAAAAAUGUGCAAAGCACGAAUCGUCGAACCAGCGGAAAACUUCUAUAAUUCGGACAACGUCAUCAAAGUCACCGCUGGUCUGAUAGCUGCUCUUCCGUUGGUUGUUGAAUUGGAAAACAUGCAAGAAUCUCAACGACAAUGUCUUCGAGUAAAGGUAAAAUAUCCCGAUCAGAGUGUGCACAUUAUAGUACCGCGGAGACGUGACAUAAAAAGAAUAAUAACUGAACAGGGCGAAAGUGAAUCGCAUUGGCGCCUUAGAACGACGGUUCUACUGUCGCAUGGUACAUGGACUGAAGCAGCCCAGGUGGACAUCAGCAUCUGCUUAUCCGUGCGUCCGAACAGUGAGUUGGAGUUGUGCAAACCGUUGAAAGUGCACUUUGCUCCCAAACCGGUUAAAAGAGGUAUUUGAGGUGACUUGGAAGUGUGCCAAACGAUAACAGUUGGAAAUAAACCAAUUAACCAAUAUUGAUGAGAAAUAAUAUCUC